AGCGCGCCUGCGCAGUGGGGAGCAGUUCGUGGCUAGGUUCUGGGCGGGCUGCAGUGUCGGUCUGACGGCGGCCGGAGCGGCUGUCUCGAGUAAGAUGAGGCUUCUGCUGCUUCUGCUGGUGGCGGCGUCGGCGGUGGUCCGCAGCGAGGCCUCUGCCAACCUGGGCGGCAUGCCCAGCAAGAGACUAAAGAUGCAGUACGCCACGGGGCCGCUGCUCAAGUUCCAGAUUUGUGUAUCCUGAGGGUAUAGGCGGGUGUUUGAGGAGUACAUGCGGGUUAUUAGCCAGCGGUAUCCAGACAUCCGCAUUGAAGGAGAGAAUUACCUCCCUCAACCAAUUUAUAGACAUAUAGCAUCUUUCCUGUCAAUCUUCAAACUAGUAUUAAUAGGCUUAAUAAUUGUUGGCAAGGAUCCUUUUGCUUUUUUCGGCAUGCAAGCUCCUAGCAUCUGGCAGUGGGGCCAAGAAAAUAAGGUUUAUGCAUGUAUGAUGGUUUUCUUCUUGAGCAACAUGAUUGAGAACCAGUGUAUGUCAACAGGUGCAUUUGAGAUAACGUUAAAUGAUGUGCCGGUAUGGUCUAAGCUGGAAUCUGGUCAUCUUCCAUCCAUGCAACAACUUGUUCAAAUUCUUGACAAUGAAAUGAAACUCAAUGUGCAUAUGGAUUCCAUCCCACAUCACCGAUCAUAGCCCUACCUAUCAGCACUGGAAACUAUUUUAUACUAAGGGAUUUUGCAAGAGCAGCGUGACUGACAUUAUGAAGGCCUGUACUGAAGACAGCAAGCUGUUAGUACAGACCAGAUGUUUCUUGGCAGGCUCGUUGUAACUCUUGGAAAACCUCAGUGCAAGAUAGUUUUUCCAUUGCUGGCACAUGCUGAAUUCUGCACAUACAUGGAGUGCAAUGAUACUGUGUAGCUUCCCCGAGCCCACUGUUAAUAGUUUCUUCUUCUUAAUGUGGCAUUACUACCUGUAACUCUUUUCUUGGUCAUAUUUGAGAAAAUACAGAAUUGAGUUACAACUUGA